ACCCUUCUCUGCAUAGAACCCCCCCUUUUUGAGGUGUACCAGACGCUGCUGAGCCCCACCCAGCACCAUGUGGCACUGGUGGGUACCAAGGGGCUCAUGGUGCUGGAGCUGCCCAAACGCUGGGGGAAGAAUUCUGAGUUUGAAGGGGGGAAAGCCACCGUGAACUGCAGCACCAUUCCCAUUGCAGAGAGGUUCUUCACAAGCUCACCAUCUCUGACCCUAAAGCACGCUGCCUGGUAUCCCUGUGAGGCAGCAGAGCCCCACAUUGUGCUCCUGACUUCAGAUAACACUAUAAGGUUUUACAAUCUGAAGGUACCUCAGAGACCCAUCAAGGUGAUUGCUCUUUCAGACACCGAGGAGGAGACCCUUAAAAUCAAUAAAGGAGCCUACACGGCGUCGCUGGGGGAGACCGCCGUGGCCUUCGACUUCGGGCCGCUGGUGCCCGUGCCCAGGAACAGCCUGGGGCAACGUGGGGCUGAGGAGGUGCUGGCCUACCCUCUGUACAUCCUGUAUGAGAAUGGAGAGACCUUCCUCAUCUACAUCAGCCUGGCACAGAGUGCCAGGAGCCUGGGCAAGCUGCUGGGCCCUCUGCCCAUGCACCCUGCAGCAGAAGACAACUAUGGGUAUGAUGCCUGUGCUGUCCUCUGCCUGCCCUGUGUCCCCAACAUCCUGGUGAUCGCCACCGAGGCGGGGCUGCUGUACCACUGCGUGGUGCUGGAUGGAGAGGAGGAUGAGGAGCAGUCAGAGAAGUCCUGGGACCCAAGAUCUGAGCUCAUUCCCUCCCUGUAUGUGUUUGAAUGUGUUGAGCUGGAACUUGCCCUGAAGCUGGCAUCAGGAGAUGAAGAGGAGCCCUUGGACUCUGAUUUCUCUUGCCCCAUCAAACUCCACCGAGAUCCAAAAUGUCCCUCCAGAUACCACUGCACACACGAGGCUGGUGUCCACAGCGUGGGCUUGACCUGGAUAGAGAAGCUCCACAAGUUCCUUGGCUCAGAUGAAGAGGACAAGGACAGUUUGCAGGAGCUGGGAGCAGAGCAGAAGUGCUUUGUGGAACAUAUUCUCUGUACAAAACCCUUGCCAUGCAGGCAACCUGCUCCCAUUAGAGGAUUUUGGAUUGUUUCUGACAUCCUGGGCCCCACAAUGAUCUGCAUCACCAACACCUAUGAGUGCAUUACAAGGCCCCUCUUGAGCACAGUCCAUCCUGCAGCCCCUGCCCUGCUGUGCAGCAGGGAGGAGGAGGAGGAGGAAGCUGCUGUGUCCCCCCUGCGUGCCCUGGCUCAGGCUCAGCACACCUUUGAGAAGCACAUCCUGGGGAUCCUGCAGCGUGGCUCUGCCAACCCCCUGCUCCUCAGGUCUGCAGAUCCUGAGGCUGCUCCUCCCCCUGAGGAGUGUCUCCAGCUGCUGAGCAGGGCCACGCAGGUCUUCAGGGAGGAGUACAUCCUGAAACAGGACCUGGCCAAGGAGGAGAUCCAGCAGAG